AUGCCCGUUGCAACUCUUCUCCCUUUCACCGCCACCCCGAAUAGGAAGUCCGCCAGCCCGACUUCUUUCAGGUUGACGGAGAAAUUCAUCCUGCUGCUGGUGUUCAGCGCCUUUAUCACGCUGUGCUUCGGGGCUAUCUUCUUCCUGCCGGACUCGUCGAAGCUGCUUAGCGGAGUUUUCUUCCAUUCCUCCGCGGUGGAAACCAACACUCGCACCGGCCCGGACAGUAGCAGCGAGUCCGGGUCGCCUGGAAACGACGACCGGGUCCUGGCCAAGAUCCGGAAGGACCACGAGGAAGCGCUGCUGGAAGCCAAGGAUACUCUCAAAAAGCAGCCGGACGAGAUAAAGCAAGACAUUUUGAACGACAAGGGCAAAGUUGCCAACGAAAUCGAGAAGGAUGUCAAUCAUUUACCUUUCAUUGAGUACCACCGUCCGCCCGGGGCCACCGGACACGAACCCGUGGACCCUGAAACCAGGGAGAGACGGGCUAAAAUCAAGGAGGAUGUGGGACAGGUGAGGCUGCAGGCUCUCAGCAGAAACCUCCACUGA